AUGGACGUUUGAAAUGUGCAAGUCGAUCGACGCUUUGCGAAAUAACGAAGGAAUUUGAUAUUAAAACUGUAUAAUGUGCUCAAAUUAUUUUGAGAAACUCGUAGUUCAAGCACGACAACUUGACGAUGGUAUCGAGAAAUUAAGUGAAACAUGGAAAUUGCCGCACGUUUUGGUUGGACGUUUUACAGGUUCUACCGAAGAAGCAAAUUCUCACAUUGAAGCAUUAUGGAACGACAUAAGAAAGACAGAGGAAGGAAUAGAAGAACUUUUGUCGAAGAGAAAUGGAUUCCAGUCACCCAAUUCAGUAUUUAUGGAAGAAUUUCUUCAAGAAACAAAGGAAACAUACCAAUCAUUAAAAGAACAAAGUGAUUUCCUAGAAUCUGUUUUAGCAGAACAUGGUUAUCAUUAUGAAAACAAUCCUUUAGACGAAAGUAAUUUAAAUAAUGACAUUUCUAAUCAGUGCCUACUGGAAGAAACCAAACAUUCAGAAGCUGCAGUUACUCCUAAUUUUAAUUCAAAUUAUGGAGUUAAGCAGAGACAACAAGAAACACCAGCAUCUAAUGGCAGUUAUACACCAUAUUCAAUUGCAACACACAUGACUAACAGCUCAGCAUUAUUUUCAGGAGAUACUUCUAUCCAUAGAGAUAAUUUGUACACCCCAUUUAAAGAACGUCCACAGGAAUCAGUUUAUUCUACUCACUUUUACAACUUACUAAAAAAAUGAAUCUAUAAAUUACGUAUUUUUCACCUUAUUCUAUGUAAGAUCUGUAUACAUAGAGUUCUAAGUAUUUUUGAUACCUAUUUUUGGACAUUUACUGAAUGUUUUUUAAUACAUAAGUAUUUUGUAUUUUUCUACAAUCUUUAAAUUAAGAUGAUCUUCAAGAGGCACAUAGGAAACUAUAAAUUUGUAAGACAUAAAGGAAUACUGAUGAAAAGAUAUAUAAAAGUCAUAUUUUCCGAACAGGUCUCAAAUUGUUUAUAUGCAAAUUCAUGAUAAGCAAAA